AUGGAUAACAAGGACAGAAGGAAAAGGCACGUCAAGGAUCUGAAUAGCGUUAUAACUUGCAGAUUAUGCGAGGGUUAUCUCAUCGACGCUACAGCUUUAACGGAAUGCUUCCAUGUGUUUUGCCGAGCAUGUAUUCUUCGACAUUUUGAAAACAGUAAGACUGGCUGCCCGAUCUGUAAUACCGUAUACAAGAAAAAAUCUCAAACAUGUUUUAGGGCCGAUCCUCAGACACAAUCUUUGGUGUACAAAGUGGUGCCGUCAUUGUUCGCCAAAGAAUCCCAACGGAGGGAGGAUUUCUACAGGAGCACCGGCGUCAGGGCAUCGAGCUCUUGCAGCGAUGACAGCGUCAUCGAGAGGGAACGAGAUAUGAUAAAUGACCAAGAGGAGAUGAACUCAAAUUAUUUUGGCGAUAAGACUCAAUUCUUCAGUCCGGAAGACUCAAUAUCAUUGUCCUUGGAGUACUAUCAGGUACAUUUGGACAACUCGGACAAGGUGGAAGAAAAAUCGAAACCGAUCGUACUGGAAAAUACUGAAACUAAAACUACGAACUCUGAUAACGGUAGUGGUAUAACGAACACGACUAAUAGUGAAAAUGUAAAAAACAGUGAAAAAGACAGUGGCGCAGAAAACGUUAAUAAAAAUUGUGAUAAACGGUUCCUACAGUGUCCCGCGGGUGUUUCCAUGAAACAUUUACAAAAGUUUAUUAGGAUGAAGUUUGGACUCAAUGCAGAUCAUCGGGUGGAUAUUAUAUACCAAGGAGAGGUUUUGAAAAAGGACUUCAGUCUAAUGGACGUCGCGUAUACUUUCAAAUGGUCAAGGGAAAAGCCAUUGAGGUUCUUUUACCGCAUCUUCACCCCACAGAAGAUCAAACCAAUUAAAAUCCGUUUUGAAGGGGAACAAAUUCAAAUAGUACCGGUAAAAUCGACCACCGAAGCACAGAGAUCUCCGAAUCUAACUAAAGAAGAAAAAAUAGAAAAAUUAGAAGUAAAACCUUUUUUAGACGAAACGGAGGACCAAAAGGACCAACAGAAAAGACUUUUGGCACAUCUCCAUUUACAGCCGAGCCAAGCUGAGAAAGAAACCAAAAAAGUACCUGAUAAAUCUCCGCAAAAAGACUGCGUUUUCGAGUACCAAGAACCCGACCAAGAAGAAAUCAAAAGAUUCGCAGAGAUAAGAGACAGAGAAUGGGCUUUACAGAAAAAACACGAUGAGGAAUCGCGAAGAAAGGAAGAACAAAACUGCACCAGUUAUCACGUUAGCAAGAAACGGAAAAAGAGCAAACAUUCAAAAAAUGAAUUCACCCACAAGAGAAGAAAACUUCACGCCGAAAUAGCGUCAAACAAAGAAGACUUGAAGCUGAAAGUCAAGAUAACCAAUAACGGCCACAAACAUAAACAUCAUAGGAGUUCUACGCAGUUUAAUGAUCAAGACAAAACUUACAGUUCGGAGCUAAGUUCGAAGGAAAAACUUCUUCAAAUGCGACAGGUUAGGCACAAACACAUCUCAAGUGAAGAUAAAAACGUUCAAACAGUCCCUAGUAUAAUACUUGCCAAAGAUACGAUCACAAUUCCUGAAAAAACGAAUAGUAAACCACAUAAUGGUAAUGCAGAACCAAAAAAUACACUAAAAGUUCCAGAAGAAAUUAAAAAACUGAAAAUCAAAGUUCCCGAACCAUCCAGCAAAGUAACAGAAUCGGCUAUUCUCCCCAAACAAAACACCCAACCGACCAGUACAAGUCCAAAAGUUGGCACUUUCCUCGAAUCGAGCACCUCCAAUAAAACCGCUUUCAUCAAUUCAACAGAAAAAGAAUGGGGCAAGAAAGUUCCAACCGUUCAUUUAGAACGAAACGAACAAACUGAAAAACAGGCACAAAAGGCUCAAACCAAAAGAACCUAUCAGGCUUUCGCUGAAAAGUAUCAAAGAAACGAAAAAAUCCAACAGAAUAAAAUCGAAAGCGCUAAAUUGAAACUUAACGCGGAAGAAGUGCCUCAAAUGAAGACUGAAAAUAAAGUUACAGUUAAUAAUAAAUCGUUGGAAAUGAAAAUUGAAAAUCUUCGACAACGUUGCACCAUAGAACCGAAGCAACCGGUGAAACCGGAAAAGAAAACGUUGUUUAACAACGCCAAGAACAAAUUACUUACACAUUGCCCGCCUGGUUUCACUGUAAGCAAAAUCGAGCAAGGCGUGAAAAGAAAAGCUGAAGAGAAUGAUAGUAUCAACGAUAAGAGACCUAGUUUGGAAAUAACUUUAAUAAAUCCUUCUACAACGAGUCCGAUUCAGGUCGUUCCGAAACCAGUCGAAAAAAUAGUUAAACGACCACCACCAGCGACUAUACCAUUGGAGAAGAUUAAAAAAUCAGUUAAUUUGAAAUCUGGCAUUAGUAUUAUACCAAAGAUGCCAGAACGAUGCGAUAAUAUCGGCGCGCUGGAUUUAUCAAACAAAUCACCAGAAUCAUCCCCAAGAAAUUCACCAAAAAUCGAAAAAACAAACGGACUCACUAUAACAACCAACCGACAACUAAACGCUUUAAACAGAACAGAUAAAAACGUAGCUUUAUCCAAUUUGCAAAUGCUGUCCAAAGUAGCGACAGAACAUCCCAAUUUAAACAACCAGCCCGCAACAAUUAAACCAAAACCGCAAAUACCGAACUUGCAGACUUUAAAGAUACCCAGUCUCCAAAGUCCCGUUCAAAUGAAGACGGCAAACUUGCAACGAAUGCCGAAACUCAACGAAAUCCAGAAAUUCCGACCGACUGGUACGCAAAUCCGCAAUCUGCGACCGAAUCAAAAUCAGAAUAUCCGAAAUAUACCGAAUCCCAGCGCGUUAAUUCGCCAACAUCAAAAUCAAAGCCGAUUAAACAUCGCUAGUAAUCAAAUGAAUGCUGGUGAAAGUUCGACGAAAAAUGGUUCGACGACAGUGACGUCUACUUCCGUUCCCAAAGACACUACAACGACUAUCAGUGCGGUGAAAACUCUCGAUAUCAAAGUGCAAGAAAAGAAAGAAAUUUCCGUGUGA